CGGGAGGGCGCGGCGAGUUCCUCGUGCCAAUCUUCUUCCCUCCUCUCACAAAGCUCCCCACAGGCCCACACCCGGUGAUCAGAAGCGCGCAGACCCAAGUGCGGAACAGAGUCGCCGGUAGCACCUCGAUCCAUCGCGCCACCUGACAUGGCUCUGGGAGCGGAGAUGGCGCGGCCGUUCCCGGCCGCGGGCGGCGACGAGGAGGAGGUCUCGGCCCGGGCGGCGACGGCGUUCCUCGCCGCGGAGACGACGGACCGGCCGGUGGACCCGCUGAUCUGGGGCGACGAGAAGCGGAUGAAGCGGGAGCUCGUGGCGUGGGCCAAGGCCGUGGCGUCCAUGGCGGCCACCACGACGAACGCCGCCUCCCCCUCCACGCCAUCGUCGCCGUGGCCGCGUACGAGGCAUAGGGGAUAGUGUACCGUGUACGUGCAGUUCCUUGCUGGAUUGGCUUGAAGCAAUCGAGCUUGUAGAUAGAUCCAUCGAUGAGCCUUCCUCUAGCUCGGUGCGUGGUCACCGGAAUCUUUCACCUCAGAUAUCAGUGAGCUUAAAAAAGUAUGCAGAGCAGGAAAACUGCCGUUUCUGCUGGGCACGGUGUCUAGAGAAGAACUAAUUCAGGAAGAUGCGCGUAUCUGGCCUGGAGACCACUGUGACAACAGCUUUCCUCCAUUCUUCUUCGCCUUCAUUUCAUUUGACAGAACUUCUUUGUCAUAGUUGUUGUCCAUACACUGAGUCUUGGAGGAAAGGAGCUCUUGAUGUACCGUAUUGAUAUUGUGUAGGAUAAUCGUGGCAAAUGUGCGUUAAUUUUCUUCAGUUGUUUUUAGAACUAAUUGGGUAACAUUAAAGAAACAUACUAAAACUAA